GUUGCGGACGUUGAGGCUGCCACGAGAGCGAAAUAGGUUGCAACAACGUUGGCCUUGUGCAUCGAAUUAAACUAAAAACUACAACGAGCACAAACAAAUAUAUUUAAUAAUAAAUAUAUAAAAGUUAAAACUCAAAGUUGCCAUAAACAUCGAGAAACAAAAUACAUAGUUAUAAAGUGAGCAUACGAAACGGGAAGACUUCAAGGAUAACCAGCUGACAUGCCACAUAAAUUGGAUUACUAAAAGCCAGACUACGAUAUACAAAACAACUCGUACACACUCCGAGUGUAUAUAGGCUGCAUAAAAAAGAGGCUGCGCCACUCAACUUUAGUUGGCAUCAAAUCGGCAAGAUGGCCAAAACGACGGCAGCCAAUUCGCAUUGGCUGGCCGCUUUGCUGUUGGCGGUGAUUCUGUCGGUGAUCCAUGCCACCACAGCGGACGAGGCGUUUUCAUGUCCAAAUGGCUGGGAACUACGCGGCUUAAAUUGUUAUAAAUAUUUUAAUAUCAAGCAUUCGUGGGAGAAAAGCGCCGAGCUGUGUCGAAGAUACGGCGCCGAGUUGGUGGCCAUCGAUAGCUAUGCGGAAAACAAUGAAACACUGGCGAUAGCACACGCCAGCGAUCCCAAUCAGCGUGCUUCGGACAAAUAUUGGCUUGGUCUGGCUUCGCUGGAUGAUCUACGCACAAAUACCCUGGAAUCGGCGUCGGGUGCAUUGAUCUCACAAUACUCCGGCUUCUGGUCUCUGCAGCAGCCCAAUGCCGAGUCCGGUGAAUGUGUCGCAGCUAGCUUUGCCAGCAAAACACAGAGCUGGGAUCUGGGCACCUGUGAGUCGCUGCUUCCCUUCAUGUGCCGUGCUCCCGCCUGUCCCCAAGGUGCGCUGCACUGCGCUAAUGGCAUGUGCAUCAAUCAAGCCUUCAAGUGCGACGGCAGUGAUGAUUGUGGCGAUGGCACCGACGAGCUUGACUGUCCGGCUCAGUGCCAUUAUCACAUGCAAUCCGGUGGCGAUGUCAUUGAGACACCCAACUACCCUCAUAAGUAUGGAGCGCUGAGCAAGUGCAAGUGGACGCUCGAAGGUCCGCUAGGUAGCAACAUUAUUCUGCAGUUCCAGGACUUUGAGACGGAGAAAACUUUUGAUACUGUACAAGUUCUGGUGGGCGGACGCACCGAGGACAAAUCUGUAUCGCUGGCUACAUUGAGUGGCAAGCAGGAUCUGACCACGCAACCCUUUGUUUCUGCUUCCAACUUCAUGAUUGUCAAGUUCACCACCGAUGGCAGUGUUGAGCGCAAGGGUUUCCGCGCCACCUGGAAGACUGAGGCCAAGAACUGUGGUGGUACCUUGAAGGCCACGCUGCAACGGCAGAUCCUCACCAGUCCCAACUAUCCCAAACAAUACCCAGGCGGACUGGAGUGCCUGUAUGUUAUUAAGGCCCAACCUGGACGCAUAAUUUCCAUUGAAGUCGAUGACCUAGACAUUGCCAAGGGACGCGACUAUCUGCUCAUACGCGAUGGUGACUCACCCAUGAGUCGCACGAUUGCCCAGCUGACUGGCAAGACCAAUCAGAACGAACGUGUCAUUAUCUCCACUGGCAAUGCGCUUUAUUUGUACUUCAAGUCGAGUCUUGGCGAGGCAGGCAAGGGCUUCAGUCUACGUUAUAUUCAGGGCUGCAAGGCCACGAUUACCGCACGCAAUGGCACCGUUACUUCACCCGCUUUUGGCUUGGCUGAUUACCCAAAGAACCAGGAAUGCUUCUUUACCAUUCGCAAUGGAGCCCGUGCUCCACUCUCGCUGAAGUUCGAUAAGUUCACGGUCCACAAGAGCGAUAAUGUACAAGUCUUUGAUGGCUCCUCCACUUCUGGAUUGCGUCUACACUCGGGUAAUGGUUUCACUGGAACUGCAGCUCCAAAGCUGACACUGACUGCCUCAUCUGGCGAGAUGUUGAUUAAAUUUACUUCUGAUGCACUGCACAAUGCUGCGGGUUGGUCGGCUACUUUCUCAGCGGACUGUCCCGAGCUGCAGCCUGGCAUUGGGGCCUUGGCCUCCAGUCGCGACACGGCCUUCGGCACGCUGGUCAGCUUCACAUGUCCCAUUGGACAGGAGUUUGCCACCGGCAAGACGCGUCUGGUUACGGAAUGUUUGCCUGGUGGCAACUGGAGUGUCUCCUACAUACCAAAGUGUCAGGAGGUCUACUGCGGUCCUGUUCCACAAAUCGAUAACGGCUUCUCCAUUGGCUCCUCGAAUGUCACAUAUCGCGGCAUUGCCAUGUACCAGUGUUAUGCUGGCUUUGCAUUUGCCACCAACGAGCCCAUCGAGAAGAUUUCCUGCCUGCCCGACGGACGCUGGGAGCGUCAACCUCACUGCAUGGCCUCCCAGUGUGCUGCUCUACCAGAAGUUGCCCAUGCCAACAUGACACUGCUCAAUGGCGGUGGACGCAGCUAUGGCACCAUUGUGCAAUACGAAUGUGAACCUGGCUAUGAACGCAAUGGACAUCCCGUACUCACCUGCAUGUCCAAUGGCACCUGGAGUGGCGAUGUGCCCCGUUGCAGUCGCAAGCGUUGCUACGAAUUCCCCGACAUCGAUAACGGUUUCGUUGUGGACUCUGCGCGACCAUAUCACUUUGGAGACGAGGCACGUGUGCAGUGCUUUAAGGGUUACAAACUCAUUGGCAGCAACAUUAUGCGUUGCAGUGAGGCACAACGUUUCGAGCAGCCCCCAACCUGUGAAGACAUCAAUGAAUGCAGCUCCUCACAGUGCGAUCUUACAACCACCGAGUGUAACAACACCAAUGGCUCUUUCCAUUGUCAGUGUCGUUCCGGUUUUACGGCUACCACCGAAUGCAGACCCGUUGCGGAUUUAGGAUUGGGUAAUGGAGGCAUUCCUGACGAUAGCAUCACCACUUCACCAAGUGAGCCCGGCUACAGCAAGGGCCUGGUGCGUCUUAAUACAAAUGGUUGGUGCGGCGCUUCCCUGGAACCUGGUGUAAAUUGGAUUUUGAUUGACCUCAAGGCACCCACCAUUUUGCGUGGAUUCCGCACGAUGUCUGUGGAGCGCCCAGAUCGCAAUGUUGCCUUCAGCUCGGCGGUGCGUCUGCAGUACUCGAAUGAUUUGACCGAUGUGUUCAAGGACUAUGCCAAUCCCGAUGGCACUGCUGUGGAGUUUAGAAUUCUAGAGCCCACUCUAUCUAUUUUGAAUCUGCCCUUGCCCAUUGAGGCACGUUACAUUCGCUUCCGCAUUCAGGAUUACGUGGGCGCGCCUUGUCUGCGCAUGGAACUGAUGGGUUGCACUCGCUUGGACUGCGUGGAUAUCAAUGAGUGCAGCAAGGACAAUGGCGGCUGUGACCAGAAGUGUAUCAAUUCACCCGGUGGCUAUGCUUGUGCCUGUAACACAGGAUAUCAACUCUACACCUCCAACGGCACCGCUGGCUACCACGUUGAGCGUUCCGAGUCUGGAGAACGUGAUGGCGACACCUAUCAACGUAACAAGACCUGUGUGCCCGUAAUGUGCCCUGAGCUAGAGGCUCCAGAGAAUGGUCAAUUGUUGAGUGAACGUAACGAUUAUCAUUUCGGAGAUGUUGUGCGUUUCCAGUGCCACUUUGGCUACAUCAUGAGUGGCAGUUCUGUGGCCCUGUGUCUCUCCAGUGGUCAAUGGAACGCUAGCGUACCGGAGUGCAAUUAUGCCAAGUGCGUUUCCUUGCCAGAUGACAAGCUGGAGGGUUUGACCGUUGCUCGUCCCGAUCCCGAGUCGGUGCUCGUUCCAUUCCGUGACAAUGUGACCAUAAGCUGUGGUUCCCCGGGUCGUCAGCUGCGUUCCACUGCCUCAGCUGGCUUCAGACAGUGUGUCUACGAUCCUAAGCCGGGUCUACCAGACUACUGGCUAUCGGGCAUGCAGCCUUCCUGCCCCCGUGUCGAUUGUUAUGCCCCCAUGCCUACACCUGGCGCUGAGUACGGACAAUUUGUUGAUACACGCUUCCAGAGCAGCUUCUUCUUUGGUUGCCAGAAUACAUUUAAGCUGGCGGGCCAAACGAACCGUCACGAUAAUGUGGUGCGCUGUGGUGCCGAUGCCAUCUGGGACUUUGGCGAUUUGCGUUGCGAGGGACCUGUGUGCGAAGAUCCUGGUAGACCUGCUGAUGGGCGUCAGCUGGCACGCAGCUAUGAGCAGAGCUCAGAGGUUUACUUUGGCUGCAAUCGUCCCGGCUACAUUCUAAUCAACCCCAGACCUAUUACUUGUAUCAGGGAGCCAGAAUGCAAGGUUAUCAAGCCUUUGGGUUUGGGUUCAGGCAGAAUUCCCGACUCGGCCAUCAAUGCCACCUCGGAACGUCCCAAUUAUGAGGCCAAGAACAUUCGUCUCAAUUCGGCCACAGGCUGGUGCGGCAAGCAGGAAGCUUUUACCUAUGUCAGUGUUGAUCUGGGUCAAAUCUAUCGUGUUAAGGCCAUUCUAGUUAAGGGUGUGGUCACCAACGACAUUGUGGGACGUCCCACCGAGAUUCGUUUCUUCUACAAACAGGCCGAGAACGAGAACUAUGUCGUAUACUUCCCCAAUUUCAAUCUCACAAUGCGAGAUCCUGGAAACUAUGGUGAAUUGGCAAUGAUUACGCUGCCCAAAUAUGUGCAGGCUCGCUUUGUCAUCCUAGGCAUCGUUAGCUAUAUGGAUAAUGCCUGUCUGAAGUUUGAACUGAUGGGUUGCGAGGAACCCAAGCAAGAGCCUCUGUUGGGCUACGAUUAUGGCUACUCUCCUUGUGUGGAUAAUGAACCUCCAAUCUUCCAGAACUGCCCGCAGCAACCCAUUGUUGUGCGCCGUGAUGAGAAUGGCGGUGUGCUACCUGUUAACUUUACUGAACCUACUGCUGUGGAUAACUCCGGUUCUAUUGCCAGGUUGGAAAUUAAGCCACAAAACUUCCGCACUCCCAGUCAUAUAUUCAAGGAUACAGUUGUCAAAUAUGUCGCCUUCGAUUACGAUGGCAACGUGGCUAUUUGUGAGAUCAACAUUACCGUGCCGGAUGUUACCCCACCUUUGUUGCAAUGUCCCCAGAGCUAUGUGAUUGAGUUGGUUGAUCGUCAGGAAAGCUACAAUGUCAACUUUAAUGACACCCGCAAACGCAUCAAGACUUCAGACGAAACUGGUGAAGUGCGUCUGCAGUUCACACCGGAACGUUCAACAAUCAAGAUUGGAAACUUUGAGAACGUGACUGUUACCGCCACGGACAAAUACAAUAAUCGAGCUAGUUGUCACUUCCAAGUCUCGGUGCAGGCUUCACCCUGUGUUGACUGGGAGCUACAACCGCCGGCGAAUGGUGCCAUUAAUUGUCUUCCUGGAGAUAGGGGCAUUGAGUGCAUUGCAACCUGUAAACCUGGAUUCCGCUUUACCGACGGCGAGCCGCUGAAGACCUUCUCCUGUGAGACAUCUCGUUUGUGGCGGCCCACUUCUGUGGUGCCCGACUGUGUGUCAGAGAAUACCGAACAGGCUGCUUACCAUGUGACCGCUACCAUCACCUAUCGUGCUAACGGUGCUGUGGCUCAAUCCUGCUUGGGUCAAUACCAGGAUGUACUUGCCCAACACUACUCGGGACUGAAUCAGCUGUUGUCGCAACGUUGCUCUGCUGUUAACGUGAACAUGAAUGUGACAUUCUUGAAGUCAGUGCCAUCACUUUUGGAAGAGAAUGUGGUCAAAAUGGACUUUAUACUGUCCAUUCUGCCGGCUGUGCGUCAGCCUCAACUCUACGACCUUUGCGGUUCCACGCUGAACCUCAUAUUUGAUCUGAGCGUGCCAUAUGCCAGCGCUGUUAUUGACUCCCUUUUGAAUAUCUCAAAUAUUGGCAAUCAGUGUCCGCCACUGCGUGCUCUCAAAUCACAAAUCUCUCGUGGAUUCAACUGCAAUACCGGCGAAGUACUCAAUAUGGAUACCAGCGAUGUGCCACGUUGUCUGCACUGUCCAGCGGGUACCUAUGUCUCCGAGGGUCAGAAUAGCUGCACCAACUGCCCACGCGGCUACUACCAAAACCGCGAUCGUCAGGGCACCUGUCUGCGUUGUCCCGCCGGCACCUACACCAAAGAAGAGGGAUCCAAGGCACUUAGCGACUGCAUACCCGUCUGCGGCUAUGGUACUUACUCACCCACUGGUCUCGUGCCCUGCCUGGAAUGUCCACGUAACUCCUUCAGCGCUGAGCCACCCACGGGAGGUUUCAAAGAUUGCCAGGCUUGUCCCGCGCAGACCUUCACCUACCAGCCUGCCGCCUCGAACAAGGCACUCUGCCGUGCCAAAUGCGCUCCUGGCACCUACUCUGCUACUGGACUUGCUCCUUGCUCGUCUUGCCCUCUCCAUCAUUACCAGAGUGCUGCGGGAGCACAGAACUGUAAUGAAUGCCCCAGCAAUAUGCGCACGGAUACCGCCGGUGCCAAGGGACGUGAACAAUGCAAACCCGUGGUUUGUGGUGAAGGUGCUUGCCAGCAUGGUGGACUCUGUGUACCAAUGGGCCAUGAUGUUCAGUGCUUCUGCCCUGCUGGUUUCUCUGGACGUCGCUGCGAACAGGACAUCGAUGAGUGUGCUUCGCAACCCUGCUACAAUGGUGGUCAGUGUAAGGAUCUGCCGCAGGGUUAUCGCUGCGAGUGUCCUACUGGCUAUACGGGCAUCAAUUGCCAGGAGGAGGCCAGCGAUUGCGGUAAUGAUACCUGCCCCGCACGUGCCAUGUGCAAGAAUGAACCUGGCUAUAAGAAUGUGACAUGCUUGUGCCGCAGCGGUUACACUGGCGAUCAAUGCGAUGUUACCAUUGAUCCCUGCACUGCCAACGGUAAUCCCUGCACAAAUGGUGCCAGUUGUAUGGCCCUGCAACAGGGACGCUACAAGUGCGAAUGUCUGCCCGGCUGGGAAGGACUUCACUGUGAGCAAAACAUCAACGAUUGCGAGGAGAAUCCUUGUCUGCUUGGCGCUGCCUGCACAGAUCUGGUCAACGACUUCCAGUGUGCCUGUCCACCUGGUUUCACAGGCAAACGUUGCGAGCAAAAGAUCGAUCUGUGUCUAUCAGAACCCUGUAAACAUGGCGCUUGUGUGGAUCGUCUAUUUGACCAUGAGUGUGUCUGCCACCCUGGCUGGACAGGAGCUGCCUGCGAUGUUAAUAUCGAUGACUGCGAAAAUCGUCCCUGCUCCAAUGAUGGCGUCUGUGUGGAUCUGGUUGAUGGCUACAGCUGCAACUGUGAGCCUGGCUACACGGGCAAGAACUGUCAGCAUACUAUCGAUGACUGUGCCUCGAAUCCCUGCCAACAUGGUGCAACCUGUGUGGAUCAAUUAGACGGCUUCAGUUGCAAGUGUCGCCCUGGUUUUGUUGGUCUCAGUUGUGAGGCUGAGAUUGAUGAAUGCUUGAGCGAUCCUUGCCAUCCUGUUGGCACCGAACGCUGCCUGGAUCUGGACAACAAAUUCGAGUGCGUGUGCCGUGAUGGCUUCAAGGGUCCGCUCUGCGAGACGGAUAUUGAUGACUGCGAGGCACAGCCUUGUCUCAACAAUGGCCUCUGUCGCGAUCGUGUCGGUGGCUUCGAGUGUGGUUGUGAGCCUGGCUGGAGUGGCAUGCGCUGUGAGCAACAGGUCACCACAUGCAAUGCACAGGCACCUUGCCAGAACGACGCCAAGUGCAUUGAUCUCUUCCAGGAUUACUUCUGCGUUUGUCCCAGCGGCACCGAUGGCAAGAACUGCGAAACGGCACCCGAACGUUGCAUUGGCAAUCCCUGCAUGCAUGGCGGCAAAUGCCAGGACUUUGGCUCUGGUCUCAACUGCAGCUGUGCUGCGGAUUAUUCCGGCAUUGGAUGCCAGUAUGAGUACGAUGCUUGUGAGGAUCAUGUCUGCCAGAAUGGCGCAAUCUGUCUGGACAAUGGUGCUGGUUACAGUUGCCAAUGUCCGCCUGGCUUUACCGGCAAGAACUGUGAAUUAGAUAUUGUCGACUGCAAGGACAACUCGUGUCCACCUGGCGCCAGCUGUGUGGAUCUUACUAAUGGGUUCUACUGCCAGUGUCCCUUCAAUAUGACUGGCGAUGAUUGUCGCAAGGCCAUUCAAGUGGACUACGAUUUGUACUUCAGUGAUCCUUCACGCUCAACAGCUGCUCAGGUGGUGCCUUUCCCAACGGGCGAGGCCAACAGCCUAACAGUUGCCAUGUGGGUGCAGUUUGCCCAAAAGGAUGACACUGGUAUCUUCUUCACACUGUACGGCGUGGAUUCUGCCCGCAUGACUCAGCGUCGUCGUCUCCUGCUCCAAGCUCACUCGAGUGGCGUGCAAGUCUCGCUCUUUGAGAACCUACCCGAUGUGUUCCUUAGCUUCGGCGAAUACACUUCCGUCAACGAUGGACAAUGGCAUCAUGUGGCUGUCGUUUGGGACGGAAUUUCAGGACAACUGCAGCUCAUUACUGAAGGUCUGAUAGCCAGUAAAUUGGAGUACGGUGCUGGCGGUGCUCUGCCCGCUUAUUUGUGGUCGGUGCUCGGUCGCCCUCAGCCCGAUGGAUCUAAGCAUGAAUUGUCCUACACUGAUUCCGGCUUCCAAGGCACCGUUACCAAGACCCAGGUUUGGGCGCGUGCUCUAGAUAUUACUUCCGAGAUUCAGAAACAGGUGCGCGAUUGCCGUUCUGAGCCAGUGCUUUACCCUGGUCUGAUCCUCAACUGGGCCGGCUAUGAGAUGACUUCCGGCGGCGUGGAACGCAAUGUGCCUUCGCUGUGCGGACAACGCAAGUGCCAAGUGGGCUACACUGGUGCCAACUGCCAACAGCUUGUUGUUGACAAGGAGCCGCCAGUUGUGGAGCAUUGCCCUGGAGACUUAUGGGUUAUCGCUAAGAACGGUUCCGCUGUAGUUACCUGGGAUGAACCUCACUUCAGUGACAACAUUGGUGUUACUAAGAUCUAUGAACGUAACGGACAUCGCUCUGGCACAACUCUUCUGUGGGGCACAUACGAUAUCACCUACAUUGCAUCCGAUGCUGCUGGCAACACUGCUUCCUGUAGCUUCAAGGUUUCGUUGCUAACUGAAUUCUGUCCACCUCUGGCGGAUCCUGUGGGUGGUUCACAGGUCUGCAAGGAUUGGGGCGCAGGCGGUCAGUUCAAGGUCUGUGAGAUUGCUUGCAAUACGGGAUUACGCUUCUCGGAGCAGGUGCCCGAAUUCUACACUUGCGGCGCUGAAGGUUUCUGGCGUCCAACACGUGAACCUUCCAUGCCUCUAGUCUACCCAUCUUGUUCACCUGCCAAGCCAGCUCAACGUGUAUUCCGCAUUAAGAUGCUCUUCCCUUCGGACGUGUUGUGCAACAAGGCCGGCCAGGCUGUGUUGCGCCAGAAGGUUACCAACUCAGUGAAUGCUCUAAAUAGGGACUGGAACUUCUGCUCUUACUCCAUUGAGGGCACAAGGGAAUGUAAGGAUAUUCAGAUCGAUGUGAAGUGUGAUCAUUAUCGCGCCGCUCAAAACAAUCGUGUGCGUCGUCAGUCCAAGGAUGGUGGCGUUUAUGUAAUGGAAGCUGAGAUUCCAGUUGUCAACGAGGACGACGAUCUGGCACUGACUGGUCGCCAGGGACGCCAACAAACUGGCGGUGAUACAUACACGCUGGAAAUAGCCUUCCCGGCUGUUAACGAUCCUGUGACGCACACAUCGACGGGCGAACGCUCCAAUGUGAAGCAGCUGCUUGAGAAAUUGAUUUUAGAGGACGAUCAGUUUGCCGUACAAGAAAUUCUACCCAAUACUGUACCCGAUCCAGCUUCUCUGGAGCUGGCCUCCGAGUAUGCCUGUCCUGCCGGUCAGGUGGUCAUGAUACCCGACUGCGUGCCUUGUUCUAUUGGCACCUUCUACGAUGCCGCCAACAAGACGUGCAUUGCCUGCGCCCGCGGCAGCUAUCAGUCUGAGGCUGGUCAGCAGCAGUGCAGCAAGUGUCCGACCAUUGCUGGACGUCCCGGAGUCACCGCAGGUCCUGGUGCUCGUUCCGCAGCUGACUGCAAGGAACGCUGCCCCGCUGGCAAAUACUUUGAUGCCGAGUCUGGUCUAUGCAGAUCUUGCGGUCAUGGUUUCUAUCAGCCCAACGAGGGUGCCUUCAGCUGCGAGUUGUGCGGUCUGGGACAGACCACACGUUCUACAGAGGCCACCUCACGUAAAGAGUGUCGCGAUGAAUGCAGCUCCGGUCAACAGCUGGGCGCCGAUGGACGCUGUGAACCCUGUCCUCGUGGCACCUACCGUCUGCAGGGUGUGCAACCCUCAUGUGCCGCCUGUCCGCUGGGUCGUACCACACCCAAGGUGGGCGCUAGUUCUGUGGAAGAAUGCACAUUGCCCGUGUGCUCACCUGGCACCUAUCUCAAUGCCACGCUCAAUAUGUGUAUCGAGUGCCGCAAGGGCUUCUAUCAAUCCGAGUCUCAGCAAACUGUCUGCAUUCAAUGUCCACCAAACCACAGCACAAAGAUCACAGGUGCCACAUCGAAGAGCGAGUGCACCAAUCCCUGCGAGCAUAUUGCCGAGGGGAAACCACAUUGCGAUGUUAAUGCCUAUUGUAUUAUGGUGCCAGAGACAUCUGACUUCAAGUGCGAAUGCAAACCUGGUUUCAAUGGCACUGGCAUGGCGUGCACGGAUGUCUGCGAUGGUUUCUGUGAGAACUCUGGCACUUGCGUCAAGGAUCUCAAGGGUACACCAUCAUGCCGAUGUGUGGGCUCCUUCACUGGACCGCAUUGUGCUGAACGCUCAGAGUUUGCUUACAUUGCUGGUGGCAUUGCUGGCGCAGUUAUCUUUAUCAUCAUCAUUGUGCUGCUCAUCUGGAUGAUAUGCGUGCGUUCCACGAAGCGAAGGGAUCCCAAAAAGAUGCUCACACCUGCCAUCGAUCAGACAGGAUCACAGGUGAACUUCUACUAUGGCGCCCACACUCCUUACGCGGAGUCCAUUGCGCCCUCGCACCACAGUACGUAUGCGCAUUAUUAUGACGAUGAGGAGGAUGGCUGGGAGAUGCCUAAUUUCUACAACGAAACCUACAUGAAAGACGGUCUGCAUGGUGGCAAGAUGAGCACAUUGGCCCGGUCCAAUGCGUCGCUCUACGGAACUAAAGAAGACUUAUACGAUCGACUGAAACGUCACGCUUACACGGGCAAGAAAGAAAAGAGUGACAGUGAUAGCGAAGUACAGUAAAACCAUCAACGAAAAACAAAAAACACACAAAUAACUUAAAAAAUGUAUAACUUUAAAAACUGCUUUAAUGUAAAAUGUGGUCAUAAAUGUAUAGGCACUGCAGAGGCAAAGUUCGAACACUGCCCCCAAACAAAAAAAAGAAAAA